AACAAUGUCUCAGUCUAUAACAUAUUAUUUCCGAUACAUAGCCAAACAUAUCUAUUGGCUAUUAAUAAAAUUGUUGACAUUAUUAAUAACAUUGGGAUCGUAUUACGCUUACGCUGAAUAUACAAUAGUCAUACUAUUGAUUCAAAUAUUCAUUAAGUCCAUGUGCUCCAGGCAAUUUUACAUUGACUGUGUCGAUAGUAUUUAUCAAUUUUAUUAUCGAUACGCAUGUUUGCUCAUUGACUAUUGGGCUAACAUUAAGAUAACACUUUAUGGUGACAUUGAACUGGUAGACAAACUACAGGCCAAUAACGUACUGGCCUUAUGUAACCAUCAGUGCGGGGUUGACUUUUUUAACGUACAUUAUUUGCUCAAUAGAUUUGGCAAACUGUCCCGGGUCAGGCAUGUUACUACCGAACCAUUUCAGUAUAUACCAUUGGCGGGACACUCAUUUUUUAUGCAUUCAUGUAUUUAUCUGAAAAGAGGAAAGGGAGAUAAAUUUGAUCCGACACAGAUGAUCAAAACGUUGACAUACCUCGAAACCAAUAAUAUACCGAGUUGGAUAGUACUAUACCCUGAGGGAACUUUCUAUGAUAAGGUCUAUACUGAUGUGUUGGCCGAUAAUAGACGAUAUAUGAAUAAAAUUGGUGUCCAGCCAUUCAAGCACCUGCUUAUGCCCCGUUCCCGGGCACUUAAAACCAUACACAAACAAUUUGGCCACCGAUUCGAUGCCGUCUUAGACAUCACAAUAGUCUAUCCUAAUACCAGAGCUGGCAAUGGAUUGAGACGAUCGACGCCGUCUCUUAUCGAGUAUUUCAGUGGAUAUCAUAACUUAGUGGACAUACACGUGCGGCUUAUCGAUGUACGACAGGUGCCCAAAGCGGAGGAGGAACUGGACAACUGGUUGUACGAGUUGUACCGUCAAAAAGAUGGUCAACUAAGCCAAUACUACGAACAGAAUAGGUCCAUAAGCGAAAUAUUUGACUGUCCACCGGGACAGGAAUAUCGUAGCGAUCCCCGGACUACCCUACCCAGUCUGCUGGGCACUAGUAUUGUUAUUGGAUUUUUAAUACCGAACCCUUUAUAUAUUUAUAAUAUAAUUGUGGCAAUAGUUUUAAUCAUUACUCUCAUUGAAGUGUUUAUAAUCUUAACUAAAUGUUGA